UCUUAUUCCCGAGAACUCGGAUAGAUAGUAAGCUUAUGUGUAAUUAGAUAUCAUUAUGUCCCAUUUAAAUAACCGUAUUCUUAACACACACAGAGAUUCGAGUCGGGGAAGAUUAGACGGGGUUUCACGUGCCUGGCUGAUCGUAUUGCUCUAUCAAUUGCCGAUGGUCAAACAUUACGUGCACAGAUUCGGCAUGGAUGCGUGAUUUACCUGUCGAGUGCAUCGAUCGAAAUGUCUGCUCAACAAACUCAGGCUUAAGCUUCCCACCAGCACUACGGGAGCUACGGGCGCCUUCCAGAGGGGAUAGAACGGCUGUGAUGCUAGAGCAGGGCAAGGCAAAGUCUCGGUAUACCCUGGAAUGUGGUUAAUGGCGGGUCACAGCUCAGUCUAGACUGAUCUUGUGUACAAGACUCAAGUAAAGAAACGUAUCAUAACUUAGCAGCCUGUUUACGAUCCUAUCUUGAUGAACAAGCUAUUGCCUGCAUGUUGAUGAUUUAUGGAGAAGCAUCUAAGAUUAGAGAUUGCGUCAACUUUAAUCGUCAGAUCAAAUAAGAAACAGGACGUCAUUCCCGCCAAGAAUAGGAGCUCAAACGGGCAUUCCCGGGUAUUGUAAUCGUCACUUAUGCAAAGAGCUCUUUAGGGCUUUGCAGGCCCCUAGGGAGCCAGAAAGCUUCAGGCCUUGAUAUAGGAUGCUAAAAUAAAC